UGGCUACAGGAACAGGCGGAAGUGUGCUGAGGAGACGGAAGUUGGCUGGCAGGCGUGUGGUACGCGGUUAUGUCGGCUUCCCUGGUGCGGCGGGGCUUGGAGCUGCUGGAGGCGCCCGGCCGGAGAAAGGCUCCGCAGGGGCUCCAGCGGGAGCGGGGCGGACCUGCGGCGGCGGGAGCUGCCAGGCGGAGGAAGAGGGCGUCGGAGGCCCUCGAGAACAAGGCUACGGUCAAGGGUAGAGUCGUGAAGUCGGCUAUAGAGGAGUAUCACAAGAAGAAGGCCGUGAAUCACUUGAGAGCAAACCUGCGGUACAUGUUGAAGGGACAAUUUGUUGCAAAUAAAGCCGUCACAGAACAAGUUCUUGCUCAGAACAGAGGCAGGAAGUCCAGAGAUCAGCCUCCAAAGAAGGCAGCAAAGAAGAAACCCGAGGGCACUGUCUUUACUGAGGAAGACUUCCGUAAAUUUGAGAGAGAAUAUUUUGGGAGACCAUAAAUAAUGAGACAGGGAUUGUCGCAGCUCCCGUCAUUCUGCAGCUGAGUGUUCAGCGCACAGGACUGGCCAUUUCCUCAGCGUGUUUGAGAUGGGACAUAGGAGAUGAACCUUUGUCGGCAAGUGCUUUAAUGUCACACUUGCAGAGAAACUCUGCAUCUGUGCAGAGCUUGUUACUGGCCAGCUAGAGCCAUGGAGGUUCUCUUGGCAUGGAGAUGUGUUGUCCUUAUAACCUCCAGCCAAUGUGUCUUGCAUUCUUGAUGUAGAAGGUUGGACCAAGCCAAAUAUAAAUCCUGUUCCCCUUCCACAGGAUGUCAGGCUUCUGCUACCUGUGUUAUUUGGCAGGGAGCAUUUAAGUACUGUAUCUGAGUGGAGAAGCGUUCUGGACCAGCAGUAACAAAUCAAUGGAAGGGAAGGAUGCUUUGAAAGACUGUUAAACCUGAGCAGCCUUGCAGUUUAUGUUCUUAUUACAGCCUCCGUCAGGUUUUUCAGUCGUUGCAAAAACUUCUUAUAUGUUGUUUAAUUAAAUAAUUGUUGCAGACA